CGUGUAGUUUGGGCCUAGCAUUCGCCAGUUGCACGCUGCUACAGAAGACAGGAAAGAUGUCUUACCACUGCCCUGAAUGUCACAAGACUUUGGCCACUGGACACCAGCACACCCCCAUCUCAGACAAGGAGGGGAGCAUAUGCAAGUACAAGUUGAAGUCCGCAAAAGUGGUGCUGAACGACUGCCUGGCAACUGGACAGCGAGGAAGAAUGUCAUACCACCGUCCUCAAUGUGGCAAGACUUUGUCUGGAGAAGGACAAAAAGGACUCAAGCACACCCCCACCUCAGAUGAGGAGGGGAGCGGGGGGUUCAAGUUGAAGUCCGUAAAAGUGGUUCUAAAGGACUGCCUGGCAACUGGAGAACAACGAGGAAAGAAGAGGUUCUUCUGCUGCGAGUGUGGCGGCACUUUCUCUGAGCGUGGCACUCUCAAAAAACACCAGCUCACCCACACAGGAGAGAAGCCAAAUCACUGUGCUCAGUGUGGUGCGAGCUUCGCACAAAUAGGAGCUCUCAGGCGUCAUGAGCGCAUUCACACAGGAGAGAAGCCUCACAAGUGCACGCAGUGUGGGAAAGAGUUUGCCCGUGCAAGCAAUCUCAAAGUCCACGAGCAAACUCACACAGGAGGGAAGCUGGGGCGCUCCUAUAGCGAAGUGACAGCGUCUCAGGGGUCCAGUCUCCAAUCAAGAGCAGCCAAUAAGGUGUGUGUUGAGAAGUGA